AGCAACACCUCACUUCCCUUUACUCCCUGCUGUUCUGCUGCAGUUAUAUAAAGCAGAGCAGAGCAAGGCGCCACACAAGCAAAGAACCAACUCUUCUCCCUCUUACUACCGCACAUGCGCGUUGGGCGCCUGCCGACACCCGCUGCAAUGGCCGCCGUCCCCGCCCGUCCGCCGCGGCUGCUUCCCCUCCUGGUCGCCGCCGCGCUGCUGUGCCUAUCGGCGGCGGCGCCCCGGUGCGCCGCGGCCAGCAGGAGCAAGAAGUCGUACAAGGCCAUCUUCAGCUUCGGGGACUCGCUCUCCGACGCGGGGAACCUCAUCGUCGACGGCGUGCCCAAGUCGCUCACCACCGCGCGCGCGCCCUACGGGAUGACCUUCUUCGGCAAACCCACCGGACGGUGCUCCAACGGACGCAUCGUCGUCGACUUCCUCGCUGAGAGUUUCGGGCUGCCGCUGCCGCCGCCGUCGCAGGCGCACGGCAAGGACUUCAAGAAGGGCGCCAACUUCGCCAUCACCGGCGCGACGGCGCUGGAGUACUCCUUCUUCAAGGCGCACGGAAUCGACCAGCGCAUCUGGAACACCGGCUCCAUCAACACCCAGAUCGGCUGGCUCCAGAAGAUGAAGCCGUCGCUCUGCAGAUCGGAGCAAGAGUGCAGGGACUACUUCAGUAAGUCCCUGUUCGUGGUGGGGGAAUUUGGGGGCAAUGACUACAAUGCGCCGCUGUUCUCUGGUGUCGCAUUUUCUGAGGUGAAGACUUACGUGCCGCUUGUUGCCAAGGCCAUCGCCAAUGGCGUCGAGAAAUUGAUCGAGCUUGGGGCGACAGACCUGCUGGUGCCCGGCGUUCUCCCGAUCGGUUGCUUCCCAUUGUACCUGACAUUGUACAACACCAGCAACAAAGCAGACUACAAUGCCCGCACCGGGUGCCUCCGGAGGUACAACCGUCUCGCCUUCCACCACAACAGAGAGCUCAAGCAGCAGCUUGAUGAGCUUCAGAAGAAGUACCCAAAGACGAAAAUCAUGUUUGGCGAUUACUUCAAGGCUGCAAUGCAGUUUGUCAUUAGCCCUGGGAAAUUUGGUUUCAGCACAGCUUUGCAAGCUUGCUGCGGCGCUGGAGGGCAGGGCAACUACAACUUCAACCUCAAGAAGAAGUGCGGUGAGCAGGGUGCAAGCGUGUGCUCAAACCCGUCGUCAUAUGUGAGCUGGGAUGGCAUCCACAUGACCGAAGCUGCAUACAGAAUGAUCGCCAGUGGCUGGUUGAAUGGCCCUUUCGCUCAACCCCCAAUUCUGAAGUCAUAAUUGAGAUGGUUAGCUGUAUGUAACACUGCUGCUGCUGCUAGAGAUAUAUAUGAGUAGUGCUUCAGGCACUGAAGAAGAGAUUAAGUUAUGAUUAAAGUUGUUUUGUUUGUUCAUUGGAGGAUUGUAUAAACUGUGCUGGUAUAGAUAUGUUCCCGGCUGAAAAGCUGUAGUACAGUAACAGAUGUACCAUGUGUGACAUGUUCUCUGUUUCUUUCCAUUUGUCAAGACUCGGGUAAUAAUAUGUGAUAAUAAGAAGAAAAUCAAAUUUAUGCAA